GCGGAGGCGGCGCUCGAGGCCGAGCGGCGCGUGGGCUCCGCCCGCGAGGCGGGGCGGACAAGGCGGUGACCGUGGAGUAUGCCCCCUCCGCCCCCUCCGUGGGGUUGCUGGGCUCGCGCGUCUCGUCCGAGCCAUGGUCGCCAGAGGACGGCGAGGCCUCUGAGCAGUCGGACUCCCCGCGCCAGGCCGCCGGGUCCUCCAACGGCAACGCGCGGCUGCGCGAGCGCACCCCGCCACGGGCCCCGCAUUACGACCAGCCGCAGGCCGCCGGAGCGGCACCCGCAGCCCGUGCGCCCGCCGCGCGGGGGGCCGCCCGACAGGCCCGCGGAGCCGCUGCCGCCCCUGCCGCUGCCCCUGGCGGCCGCGCCCCGCGGCGAGCCGCGCGGCGGCCCCUCCCCGGCGCCGCGGUCGCCGAAGCCGCGCGCUCCGGCGCCUCGCCCACGGCCUGGCGCGGGGAGGCACCGCCGUCGGCCACGAGCACGUGCCGCACGUGCGAGAGCACCAAGCUCAGCCUCUGAGGGCG